AUGGAUGCAGCCUCUGACCACAAGUCUCUUUCACUGGAUGAGAAUCUCUACUCGCUCGACGCUGAAGAAAGCGAUUUCCUGAAAGGGUGGACUGGCAUCACCGAUGAUGCGGAGCUUAAAGAUCAUAUUUUGACCGCGCAGCGGAAGGCGUACUCGGUUGCCCCGUAUCCUUGUAUCCGGGGCUUUGCCUUUACAAAAUUGAAGAUCUCCCGCUUAUUCCCCUACGCCCAACUGCUCGAGCUCCAGCGCAAGAGACAAGACGCGAUUCUUGUGGAUAUCGGCUGUUGCUUCGGCAAUGACCUUCGCAAGGCUAUCGCGGACGGGUGGCCAGCCUCUCAAGCGCUUGGUACAGAUCUCAAGAAAGAGCUCUGGGAUAUCGGAUACGAUAUCUACAAAGACACGCCCGAGACGUUUCCGGUACCCUUCAUCGCAGGCGACGCGUUCUCAUCGUCGCAUCUCGAUGUUGUCCCGCCGUGGAGCGCGCGUCCGACAUCACCAGUUCCUGACCUGAAGGCGCUAAUUUCCCUGAACCCAUUACGGGGACACGUCUCUGCGAUACAUGCCUCGGCGCUCUUCCAUCUCUUCUCUAAAGAGCUGCAGGCCGACCUGGCGGCUCGUCUCGCCGGCCUGCUCUCCUAUGAGCCCGGGAGCAUGAUCUUUGGGCAACACGUUGGACAACCUCUCACAGGCGAUCGCAUAGACCCAUACCGAGUGGACGGAAGGCCGAUGUUUUGCUACGGACCUGAGGAUUGGGAGAAGCUAUGGAAGGACUUGUUCUCCAAGUCCGGCGUUGAGGUAGAUGUGCAGGGCAAAUUGACGGAGGUACGGCGAGAGGAUCUACCGCGCGAUGGACAAGGUGCGCAGAUGUGGAGGUUCACCUGGUCAGUGACACGACUGUAG